AUGGAUGCGAGUACACCACUUGACGGCGUGAUCAGCAUGGACGACUUCAUGAUCCAGAACAAACACGCGCAUGAAGCCCAGAAACUCGUCCAAAAGCCCAAACAAACGACAUCUGCUCCUCCCUCAAAGAAAGCCAAAACUCCCAACCAGAAACCCACUCCACUAGUCCCUGUAGCAGUCGGCGCCCGCUCCUCCCGGCACACAAUCCUCCUACACGAAAAAUACCAAGCCCUCGGUAUCCCCCAACCACUCUUCACCUACGGAGGCGGCAGUGAGACCGGAUGGACAGUGUCUGUGAGCUUUCCUGGCCUGGAUGAUACGGAAGAGCUGCAAGGAUUGAAGUUCGAGGAAGAGAGGAAGUUCAACAGUAAGCAAGAGGCCAAGGAGGCUAUGAGUCAGAAGGCGUUGGGAGUGUUGGAGGAGUUGGAGAAGGAGGGGAGGGUCAAGAAGGGUGGGAAGGGGAAGAAGAAGAAGGGGGGUAAUGAGGGUAAUGAGGGGGAGGGGAAGGCUGUGGAGAAGGGGAAGGAGGAGAAUUAUGUUGGGAAGUUACUUGAAUUCCAGCGUGCAACCGACUCCCCCCAACCCACAUAUACGGACUACCAAUCCGGCCAACGCUUCUCCUGCAUCAUCACCAUCGACGGCGAAGAUCAACGCUUCGGCUCCAUCUCCAACCUCUUCUCCUCAAAGAAAGCCGCUCGGCAAGACGCCGCCCGCCACGCUGUCGAGCACUUCAAAACCCUUGGUACCUGGCCCUCGGACGACACCGCCGUCGGCGGCAUCCGUAAGAGAAAGAAAGGCCCAUCCGUUGACCCAGACACCGUCUCGAGAUCAUCACUACUAGACAACUCCAGUUCCCCCUCCACACCCCCCAUCCAAGCAACAACACCCACCCCCGCGCCCCCAGGCACCCCCUCCUACGCCUCCCGCGUCGCCACCCUCGCCGUUACGCUCGCCCUGCCCACACCAGAAUGGAACUACACGCCCCACCCCUCCGACCCUACGUUCCACAGCGUAUGUUGUUACUUCAAGGGGGCUGGACAGCACGAAGGACCUAUCGGCGAGGUACGCAAUAUCCACGGGAAGAAGAAGGCGAAGGAGGAGUGUGCGCGGUUGACGCUGGAGUAUCUGACUCAGGUUAAGGAGGAGAGGUUGAGGUAUGGGAUGAGUGUUAUGAGGGGGGUGCUAGGCGAGGAAGGGGUGGAGGGGGUGAUUGAGGGGGGGUUGGGCAGGGUUGGACUGGGUGAGGGCGAGGGAGCAGAGGUGGGAGAGGGGAAGAUGGUUGAGAGUGUGGGUGGGAAGGUGAGGUUGGGGAUGGGGCUUGAUGGUGUGGAUGAGAGGAUGGGGGAUAUGGAUGUGGAUGUGGGGGAGAGUAGUGAGGAUGAGGUGUUUGCUGAUGCUAUGGAGGGCUAA